AUGCCUUUGAAAUUUUCGGCAUUCAUCGGAAUGAACAAACACAUAAUCAUACAAGAUAUAAUUCUACAUAGACGCACAUCGCUAGUUGAUGUUAAAAGAAUGUGGAUCAAUCGAUUUGCAUCCGAGACAAAGAGGGAAAAUCCAGCUGAGAUGGAUUCUGAAAAAGUAGAUUGGUCAGAACUAAUGGAGACCGCGAUUGAAAAGUCCAACGAAGUUAUCGAACAGUCAAUUAGGCGCAAGAGAAACCUUAUAAUUUCGGAUACUUAUGAAAAAGAAAAUGAAAUUUUUGGACACACUAUAACUAAAAGGCAGGCCGAGGACUCUAUUGUUAAGGGUGUAAAGGGGAAAAAAGCAAUUCGAAAGUUGGAAGAUAUUGUCAAAUUAGAUAAUGAUUUCCAGAAAGGAAAUGUCGACGAAAAAGAAGAAGUACCAGUAGUUGAAGCUGCCAGCUCACAAGAGUAUCAUGCGAAUGUCAUUUCUCAAGAUAGUGACCUAGAAUUUCAGGCGGAUACAGGCGUUCCUUUUAUGAAUAUCGUAUAUAAUGAAAGUGAAAUAGACAGCUCCUAUAAAGACAGACCAUCAUUAACUGAAAUAGAAGAAUCCUCUUCACCGAGCACGAUAGGCUAUGUGUGGACAAUGACCCUGGGCGAGCUGAAUAUUAUUUCGUUUGGGAAGAAGGAAAUGGCUACGACCAACAAAUAUAUCAAGACAUUAUAUGAUGAUGCUCAUAGUGAUGCUAUGAACAAGAUCUUAAAACCAGGAGAUGUAGAUAAAAGACUCUUUCUUUCUGGCCUAUUUGACUGCUCUAUAUCAACGGAAAUAAUAGAACAAUACUUAGUACCUAUUGCGAAACUACCGAACACCAUCAACAGCUGCAUAAAAUCAAUGGAAAAGGCUAUGGAUAACAACACAAUUAUGGAAUCAGGAGGAACACAAUACAACAGUGUCGAAGAACUAGCUCUUUACCAUGUAAUAUUGAGCAUAUUCCUGAACCAUGCAGUUAUACCAAUCAAAAUCCAAACAAGCGAGCUUGAUUUUAUUGUAAAAUCGGUAGCCUGUCUGCUUGGCCCUAUAUGGUCUUCCAAUGACCAAGUGAAAAUUAUAUGGGAUUAUACAACAGCAAUAAAUAAACAGAAAAUGCCGGAUACAGUUUCUUCGCGGCCAGACAUGGUAUUUCAUAGUAAUCUCUAUGAGAUAGGAAACGGGGAAAUAAAAGCCGUAAACACGCCAAAAACAGCUGUCAAUCUUGCCCGCAACAGAGUUUUAGAAACCUGCAAAAGGCAAUUGCACCAAAGAUUGAAAAAAGCAAGAUCAUCGAAAGAAGCUGUAACUUUUGGCAUACUUAUAUAUGUCACCUUUGAAAAUGGCUAUUAUCCUUAUAAGCGAGUUUCUGUGGGGCUGAUGCCUACAUCCAACACCACAUACAAAUGCACAGAGAAAAUGCUAAUGGAUUUGAUCCAAUUGAAGAGAUCCAUGAAUAGAUCUUUACGAAUUGAUGAUAACACAAAGGACACUCAAGAAUUCACCUUGGUUGAUAAAAACCAGCUAUUACCUACAUUAUCGUAUGUACUAUACUCCAAAGAUAUAAACUUAUUUGAAAGCAUAUUAAAGGAAUACUUUUUCUUGUGGCUUUAUCACUAUGAGGAAGCAUGUAAUAUUCGACUUCAAGCAAAGCACUUGGUGCAAGAUAGCAUACCAUAUAUUAUUUUGAGUAGAGAUUACCGGUUUGUAUAG